AUGGGUAAAAUCGUUCAUAUCGUACUUUGGAAACUCAAAGGUCCUAUCGCCAACCAUGAAGUAGCCAAGGAAGCUAUCUCUGCGUUAUACAAAGUCCCAGGUGCCGAGGUCAUGAAACUCGGUCCUCCUUUACUUGACGGACGAGCCAAAGGUUUCAACUGGGGUCUUUACUCCGUCUUCUCAUCUAAGGAAGCACUCCAAAAAUACGCUGUAUCGGAAGCUCACGUCAAGGUGGUAGAGAACAAUGUCAGACCCAAUGUCGAAGAUCUCCUCGCUUAUGAUUUUGAAUUGGACGAAUAG